AUGACGAAUUCAAGAAUUUUCAUUACCAUCGUGUUAUCUUGCAUUAUCGCUUCGACUAGUGCCUACGAUCCCGAUGCUCUUCAAGAUCUAUGUGUUGCUGAUAAAUCUCACGGAACCAAGCUGAACGGAUUUCCAUGCAAGGAAAUGUCAAACAUCACGGCGUCCGACUUCUUCUUUGCCGGAAUCUCAAAACCCGCCAUCAUCAUAAACUCCACGACGGGCUCUGCCGUCACAGGAGCAAACGUGGAGAAGAUCCCAGGGCUCAACACUCUCUCCGUCUCAUUAGCGCGUAUAGACUACGCACCAGGUGGUUUAAACCCACCUCAUACUCACCCACGCGCCACCGAAGUCGUCUUCGUCCUCGAAGGAGAGCUCGAAGUUGGGUUUAUCACGACGGCGAAUAAGCUUUUCUCUAAAACCAUUAAGAUUGGUGAAGUUUUCGUUUUUCCAAGAGGGCUCGUUCAUUUUCAGAAGAAUAAUGGGAAAUCUCCGGCGUCGGUUUUGUCCGCGUUUAAUAGUCAGUUGCCAGGGACGGUUUCCGUUGCGGCUGCGCUUUUUGCGGCGGAGCCUGCUUUGCCGGAGGAUGUGUUGACAAAGACUUUUCAGGCAUGUCACCUCACCGACGAGCUCUCCCGCGACGAUCUUACCGACGAGCUCUCCCGCGACGAUCUCAUCGACGAGCACUCCCGCGACGAUCUCACAUCCGAGUUCUCCAGUGACGACCUCAACAUCAAGCUCUCCAAGAGCUCAGCACGUCACUUCACCUCAUCGACGAGCACUCCCGCGACGAUCUCACAUCUGAGUUCUUCAGUGACGACCUUAACGUCAAGCUCUCACCUCACCGACGAGCUCUCCCGCGAUGAUCUCACCGACGAGCUCUCCCGCGACGAUCUCACCGACGAGCCCUCCCGCGACGAUCUUACAUCCGAGUUCUCCAGUGACCUCAACGUCAAGCUCUCCAAGAGCUCAGCACGUCACGUCACCUCACCGACGAGCUCUCCCGCGACGAUCUCACCGAGGAGCUCUCCCGCGACGAUCUCACAUCCGAGUUCUCCUGUGAUGACUUCAACAUCAAGCUCUCUAAGAACUCAGUUAGGCACGUCACCUCACCGACGAGCUCUCCCGCGACGAUCUCACCGACGAGUUCUCCCGCGACGAUCUCAUCGACGAGCACUUCUGCGACGAUCUCAUAUCCGAGUUCUCCAGUGA